AUUAACGACAUAUUAUGACCUAAUUUGCGCCAUCCCAGCUGACUAUCAACAUGUGCUUUGUUCAGGAUGUUUGCUUGAGAUUUUUAGCAGAUUUUAGAAAUACUAGGGAUGAGCUCGGAGAAAAAUGGCUGUGGAUCUAAACACUCAGAUAUUCAAGUUGUAAAGGACCCAGGUGUAGCUGCAUACGAUGCGAGAUUGGGAAGUGGUGAACAAACAAUCGGGAUGAGAAAUAGCGGGGUUCCAGUUCAGGUGGUUCCUGAAAAUGAAAAAUCGAGUCCACACAACCAUUUAGUAGAUGAUUUGAGACAGAAUGGAGGAACUACGAAACACAAAGAAAAUGAAGAGAACUUUCCAACAAAAACAGGGGCAUCUGUGGCUCUGCCAAUGGGUGGAGUUUUAAACACAAAGCAAGAGCUCGGUGAUCAACAACCAAUGAAUGAACCCAAUUCAGGAUGGCAAGGCUCUGGCGAAGAAACACAUGAACACGAUAAAGGCAUGAAAAGUCCUGUGUCUGGCUUCCAAAAUUCUAGUCGCAUAGAGCAGGCUCAAACAUUUACGUGGAUCAAAAACAAUUAUGAAGAGGACAAGGACAACUGCCUGGCAAAACAUGAAGUUUACAAAGACUAUGAAUCCUAUUGCACUCAGCAUGGCAUAAGAGUCCUGGGUGUGGCAGACUUUGGCAAAGUAUUCAAGUGUGUGUUUCCAGCAGUCACUUCAAGGCGACUUGGGCCACGGGGACAGUCCAUAUAUUACUAUAAUGGAAUCCGGAAAAAGCCAUCUGUCCCUACAAAUACCAAUCCUUGUCAUGCAAUCAAGAGGGAAAACAUCAAUGAAAAUGAUCUUGAAGAGGCGUCCAAGCUGGUUGUGUGUGAGUGGGCCCAGAAGCUGCUGGGGCAUCCCUUCAGUAGUCUUCGAGAACUGGCAGACUUCCUGGUCAGCAACCUGUAUGUGAACAGUCGAUCUGCUGCUGCUUUUACCCUCAUAGAGUCUAUGAACAGUAGUGAAAACAAGACUAUAGCAGGAACCUUGUCACCAAAUAUAAACAAACACAGAGAAACACAGCUUCAACUUCAAAAGGCUCUCCAGCUGAGACAGCUCAAGAAAAAGCAACAAGAACAACAGACACAGGAGAAUGGUGAUACACAACAAGAGACAAGCAGCAAGAAGUCCGAUAAAAAGGAAAGUCCAUCAGUGACUCAUGAUAAUUCAAAUGCUGCAGCUCAAACUGUCAGUGAAAAUGAAAAGUCAGCAGGAAUUUCAAAAAGUAAAGUUAGCUCUUUGUCUGGGAAACUAUCACAGAAUUCCCUCAAAGUUGCUGGAAAACCAGGAGACAGAGAAACUAAGCAUGUCAAGUGUUCUGAAAAAAUUGUGCCUCCGGUUGAAUCAAGAGAGGAAAUUCGUCAUAAAAGCACCAGCAUGAGUUCACAUCCAGAAGGAACGUGUACGACAAAAGACUCUUCUCAUAGCAAUGCACCACGUUUAAUGAACUUGUUACUAGGUGCGCAGGGUUCCAAGCAAUCUCAGAAGGGAACUCAUGGAGGAAUUGUUUCUCGAGCAAAAAAUUCAGUGGACUCUGCCAGUCAGGUAUCUUCAGAAGGGAAAUCUGGUUUGAAGGAAGGAAUAAGUGCCUUUACCCCUAUAUCAGUAAACAGUGGACUCUCCAGCAUGCAGCAGCAGGGCACGAGUUCAUCAGCCACUGUGAAGGGGAAGCUUCCGAAUCCAACAGGGGCAAAAAGUAAGAAGUUGUUGAAAGAUUUAGAUACAAAGAGAAUUGAAAUUGCUUCUUCACACCUUUCACAGACAUUAGCAUUAAAAAAUGCAACAUCCAGCUGUGAUUCUUCUGUUAAAGAUAUGGCGGCGUCAUCAACAGUGCAGUGUGGAACCAACAGUGUAGAGUCUUCUGAUAACACGACUUCUACAAAGCCACGAUUUUUGCCUAUAAAACCAAGAGUGCCUGGCAAUAAAACAGUCUCAGACUUGUUAAAGGAACAGAGGGGUUAUGGCCCCAAGUCAGAUGUAGUGAAAAGUUCUGAUCGAAGACCAGUUGCUACUUUGCUGAGGGAAAAUCGAGAUAAACUCCACCCUGGAAAUCAGAAGGUCAAAAAGCUAGAACAGUCCCACAGUGAGACCACAGUAGGACCACAGCCAAUGCAUGCUUCAGGUCAGAGGUCUUCACUCCGCAUGUCAGCCAUCUUGAAAAAUAGUCAGCUAACUUUAAAGCGAAAGAAAGCCCAGGAAGAGAUGGACAAUGAUAAUACAAAUGUCAAAAGACUAUGUGCCCCUGAAAACUUGCCUAAACCACCAAUGAAUCAAAAUGCCAGUCAAUCUGGAAAUUUCAAAGGUUUUGAUAGUCCAUCACAGACAAAUUUAUCAAGUCAUCAGAAUUUUAACAUUAACAUAGCUCAGGGAAUUUCCAAUCAAAGUCAAACUACAAGCAUUCUUUCAUCCAUAGAGAUGGAUUCAUUGUUAGAUGACCCUGAACUAGGGUCUCUUGUCAAUGCCAAUCAGUUAAAAGAAGCUUUCACCUAUAUUGUGCAAUCCAAUUCAGAGUUGCAGGGAGCCAGUGAUGGUCCCUAUUCAGAAACAAACCUGGAAGAUGUGUAUCAAAAUCAAGAUGAGACCGAGGCCAACUAUGUCAUUCAGUGCAGAUCUCAACCAGUUUCUCGAGCCCCGAGCACAGAGUUCAAGGAACCACCAAAGACUCCUCUUGGAAAAUUUAGACCAGUUCGAACACCUACAGGGGACUUUCACAUGAGAUCUCCAGCAGUUUCCCCAACCCCACCAUCAUUUACGGAGCAAGAGGGCAGAUGUGAUAGCAUCAAUAGUCAUUCAUUAGUUCGUCCCCCAGCCUGCCAGGUCAGGUGCCAGCUUACCACAGCAAGGUGGCACCACAGGUAUGCAUCCCACAGAUGAUGCCACAUUAAUGUCACC